UCCCGUAAAAAUUGCAAAUGGCCGACAGAACAAAGAGAAAAUUGUGACAUCAAAUCAGUCAAAUUUCUACAGAAAGGGAAAUCCAGAUUAUAUUUCAAAAGUUCAGCAACAUAACAUUAGAAGAUUGUAGAAACCAAACACAUAUCCAAAGAUGAGUUAUCAAAAAAUGUACAUGAAUCAGAUAUACUCAAGCUCCACCAUGAGUUAUCUGACGAACAUGUGGAAAAAUCAGCUACUGUGUGAUGCAGUCAUCAAAACAGGAUCCAUCAAUACAAAGGCCCACAGACUUGUGCUCAUAGCAGCCUGUCCCAUGCUGCAGCAUCUGGAGAAUGCAUCCCUUGGAUCUCAUUUAGAAGUCAGAAUGGCAGCUGAUAUCAAGCAGUCCUCUGUCAUUUCUUUCCUGCGUUACCUGUAUGAGGGCUUUAUGACACUCACAGAAGAAAACUGCAAAGACAUUGAAAAAAUGGGAAAGCUUUUACAAGUAGAAAGUGUUGUCAAAUGUUGCUCAGACUUUUAUAAGUGCUUAAGUGAGAAAACAGGCAUGAAAAUGGCGUCUGGACCUCAGAUGAAUUUCCAGGAUAGUGUUGAAUUUCGCCAUGUAAGGACAUCAGAUUUUCAGAAAAUGGUACAGGAUGUAGGUGUGAAAAGAUCAGUUGAUUCCGCGAGUCCCAGUGGAAAGCGACCAAGGAUACAACGAAUGGAUGAUAGAACAUCCAUGAGCCACAGCUAUAACUCUGACCCUUUUGAAAGGGGUAGAGGAUCCACAGCAGCAGAUGUGGUAGAAAUUUUAGAAGACAGUUUAGAAGUAGUUCACAAAGAGCCAGCUCUUAGAGAUUCUGAAGGAUGGCCGAAAGAGUCAGACUUGCCCCCUAUUAGAACUUCACAAUCAAUAUCUGUAGCAUCUAGUCAAAUCUCUACAAAUUCUAAUGACAUUCAAAUAGUGAAUGUAGAAGAAGCAGAGUCGAGGACUCUUGCCUCAAGUUCUCCAGGAGAUGUAACUACACAUUCCUCUACUUCCCGCCAUGAACCCUCACCACAUCGAGAUACACAAUCAUCAUCAUUAGACAGAGUGUCAUUUGAAUCUCCAAGUGCAAGACGUGACCAGCAGAGAUACUCAGACAUUUCAAAUUUUGGAAGUCAUCCAUCAGGACCUUCUGCUCAUUCCCGCCCAUCAGAAUCAUAUUCACCGAGUUCAUCGAAGCGUCCUCAAGUACCACCUCCAUCUCAUCCAACGCCACAAAUAAAUCCUCCUCCUCUUUCGUCAUUCACACCAAAGUUGCCACCUCUUCAGCCAAAGCCUUUUGCUGUUGGUAGUGCAGUGCAGGCUGCCAGCAUACCUCAGCCCUCAUCCAUUAGACCAGCAGUCCCAAUCCCAGGCACUCUUACUGCAGUGCAGCCCGUUGGUGACCAGAGCCCAGGGUCCAGCUCUAGUCAGGACAGUCGAACUUCAGACAGGUUUCAAAAUAAAGGAGCCAGUGGAGGCAGCCAAGUAGUACAGCAGCAUGUAUCUAAUUCACAGACAAUUCAAAUUGUUGAGAAGCUCUUGGCUGGUGAAGGAACUUCAGAACAGAGUGUCAAAGACACAUCAAGUUCCUCAGACCUGGCUCCUGAUAUUAGUUUCAUCAAAGUGGAGGAGUCUGACACUGGUGGGUUAGACAUGUAUGUAGACAUUCCAGAUGAUGCAAAAGGGGCUCUUUUAAGUGGACAGGAAGAAGGUGAAGAGGAUACAGGAGAAAUUCCCAUUGAAUGGACGCGUGAUGAAUCAAAUGAAGGCAGCAAUUUAAGUGGUGAUCAAAGUGGAUCCAUGCUGGGUCAGGAGGGAGCGUUUCAAGUUUAUUUCCUUGAAACAAAUGAAGUUUACAACCCGCCUAAGACUAAGGUAAGCCUUGGGAAGAAGAAGAAAAAUUUUCCAGACAAAGAAAGAAACGAAGUCACCUGCCACACCUGCCGCAGAGGAUUCAAGAAAUCCAAAUUUAACCAACAUCUAUUGGAUGUAAAUUACCACAACUUUGACGCAGAUCUCGUCUGCUCUCUGUGCGGAAAACCAUUCAACUCCAAAACUGCCCUAAAAUACCACCUAGGUACCACUCACUUAGUGGGAAACAAUAAGUAUCCUUGUAAAUCCUGCAAGAAAAAGUUUCCAUCUAGAACUCAUCUUAGCUCACAUUUGAGGAAGAAUCCUGACCAUCUAAUCUUAAAUUCCUCGGAAAAAUAGCGUAUGGCUGUAAAACACGAUUCUAUACUUACAUCUUAUUCUUUGAUUGAUAGAUUGGCAUCAGAAAUGCAUGUAAGGUGGUAUGAACACGUUAUACUUGUAAAUAUUGUACAAAAGGUCUGUAAUAAACGUUCUCAAAACUCAUAAGUUCGAAUACUCGCGAGAUGAAAGGUGAUUUGAACUUGAACUUGCUUGAAGAGUUUUUUGUGUUUUUCAUGGUAUACAAAUUACUGAUCUGUAGUUCAAAUGGAGUUAAACAAACGCUCUUUUAAAGAGAGGUAAAAUUGUACAGUUAAUCCAUUUUAGUAAGAUUUCACAAAGAUAUGUACAAAGUUGUACUUGGGAUGUCAGUAAUCAAUUUCAAUUACUAAUGACAGCUCAUCCUCGUGGAAUCAACCACUUUAAUUUUUUCUUGAUCCCAAACGACAUGUAGCAUAUAUCUUCAUCAAGUUGAUAUCUUGCUGCCCUUAGAAUUUCUGAUGCUUAAUGGUCAAAACACAGCAGUUUACAUUUAGGUUGGUCUUGUCCAGUGUGUAUCAGAAUAAUCAGCUGGUGUUUAUCAUUUUGAUAUUGAAGGUCACAAAUUUUCAGACGAGAUAAUGAUUUAUGAAGGAUAUGGUGAAAACACUUCAGAUGAAAUAUGCGACUGAUCCAAAAAGUAUUGUCAUUUAAAAAGGACCAAACUGUAAAGACUGAAUUGUAGAGAACACAUUAAAAAGUUAUGUCAUCAAUUACAAAUAUUAAAUUGAUUUUUCAAUUUUGACAUAAAUACUGUAAAUCACUUUUUAUUCGCUAGAAUUUUAUUUUCAUAUAAUAACGUGACACUUUCUGUUUCUCGAAAAUUUCAUUCCUGGGUAAUAAGUAUUAUUAAAGUUUACAGAGUAAUGACCGAAAUUCGUCUCUCUCAUAAAUGCAAAAUAGCAAUUUUGUAAAAAUAAGGUGUUGCGAAAAUUACAUGAUCCAAAGUAGUGCAGAUAGUCAGUGCUUAGAGUUUGUUCCUGGAUAGCUUUCGUUUCAGUAUUUAUGCUCUCUGUGACGCAUUAGUGUUCUUAAAUGGUUGUCCAAACUGGCUUAUUCAUAGGAAAUGUUGAGAUUAACGUUGAGGUUUCAAAAUGUCUGAGUUAUUUUUGUUCACAAAGAAUUUUGUUUUAUUCGACAACGGUAUGUUAUCCUUGAGUGAAAGUCAUAGACAAAAGUAAAUAUAUUUGAAUGUGAAGUGCAGGGAAAGAGUAUUUUAAGAAUAUCUCAUUGUUUGCAUUCUUCAGAGGGAAUAGGGACCAUCACGGACAUGUACAGUUCUAGCCCUUUUUAAAUGUUUUAUGAAAAAGCCAAAUUAUCAAAACCAGCUUUAAUACUUGUAUGCCUUGAUGUAGAACUUAAUAAUUCCAAUGUUGUAUAUUUAAUAGCGUUGAGUGUUUUUUGAAUGUGUCUAUGUUAAAGCUUUCAAGAUUUUUUGAAGAUUGUAUAUUACAUGGAGAACCGCGGGUGUUUCUUGAAUGUUUAAAAUCUUAAUUUUUUCUUGACAUAUUCUGUUGUAAUGCUUUAGAUUUAUUAUUAAAAAAGGAGAUUAGUAGUCAAUAAAAAUCUCAUUUGAUCA